UCCUUCACUCACGCCGAACAAAUGGAGGGGGGGAGUGGGUGCGUAUGUUGUCUGGAGUAAAAUAGCCUCAAUUCCUGGCGUUUUUUCGCUACACACUAAAAAGAUCUUAAGAGGAAUCACCAAGGCGACAUGCUAUUAUUCUCUUCGUCAAUAAUUCCAGAUGCAAACGAAUUGGCGGCACGUUCACAGGAGGUCCGUCGUUUUCCCCCUCAUCGUGGAGAUUAAUGGCAUUUUGAUUUAACGAAUUGUAUCCGCUCGACCCGCUGAAAUUUCACUUUGUAGUUGAGGUUGGGAAUGAAGAGGGCCCAUCUCAACAUUGGGAACGUUGUCGUUGUUGGGGAGCCGGGGGUCCACCACGGCACCAGCGAUAGCAGAGCAGGAGAGAGGAAAACUGGACCGACGUGAGACCGAACGCCACAAGGACGGCCUGCAGGACCAGUCAGCCCUUCGUGCAAAAGACCCAGGAACGUUAUGAUGGCGAUGUCGGAUCAUUCUCCAUUUUCAUUGUGAGUCAACGCGCCAAGCAAAGCCUAUUCAAGCCUGGGGUUGGAACACCAGCCGAUAAAUAUAGAGAGAGGAACGAUAACGCCAGGCGUUCAAGGAUACUCUCCAUCUGAAGAUCUCGUGGAGCCUGGUUCGGUUCCAUAGGCGCUCAGGGUGGAGGCAGCCAGUUAAGUCAUGGGCAACGCGCCCACGAUCAGGAAAGGCAACGAAAUGGAAAGCGUCAAAGAGUUCCUUGCACAAGCCAAAGAGGAUUUUAUGACGAAAUGGGAAAACCCUCAACAGAAUACAGCCUGCCUGGAACAUUUUGAGAGGUUGAAAACUCUGGGCACGGGCUCUUUCGGUCGCGUUAUGUUGGUGAAACACAAAGAGACAGAGCAGCAUUAUGCAAUGAAGAUCCUCAGCAAGCAGAAGGUUGUGAAACUAAAGCAAAUAGAACAUACUUUAAAUGAGAAGAGGAUUCUACAGGCUGUCAAAUUUCCUUUUCUGGUUGAACUGGAAUACUCAUUUAAGGACAAUACUUACCUCUACAUGGUAAUGGAAUAUGUACCCGGGGGUGAGAUGUUCUCCCAUUUACGGAAAAUUGGCAGAUUUAGUGAGCCUCAUGCUCGUUUCUACGCAUCACAGAUAGUUCUGACCUUUGAGUACCUACAUGCUUUGGACCUGAUCUACAGAGACCUCAAACCUGAGAACCUGCUCAUAGACCAACAGGGAUACAUACAGGUGACCGAUUUUGGCUUCGCAAAGCGUGUUAAGGGUCGCACAUGGACACUCUGUGGCACUCCAGAAUACCUGGCCCCAGAAAUCAUCCUCAGCAAGGGUUAUAAUAAGGCAGUCGACUGGUGGGCACUGGGUGUGCUCAUCUAUGAGAUGGGCGCAGGUUACCCUCCUUUCUUUGCUGACCAGCCCAUACAGAUCUAUGAAAAGAUAGUCUCAGGCAAGGUUCGCUUCCCCUCUCACUUCAGCUCUGACCUGAAGGACCUCCUGAGGAAUCUGCUUCAGGUUGACCUAACAAAGCGCUAUGGCAACCUCAAGAAUGGAGUCAAUGACAUCAAGGGCCACAAAUGGUUUGCUACCAUCGACUGGAUCGCUGUUUACCAGAGGAAGGUAGAGGCGCCGUUUCUACCCAAGUGCAAAGGACCCGGGGACACGAGCAACUUUGAUGACUAUGAGGAGGAGGAGAUCCGUGUGUCUUUUAGCGAAAAAUGUGGCAAGGAGUUUGCUGAGUUUUAGAAAAAGAGCGAGGAUGGCAGGGGGGUUAAAGAGAGCACUAAAGGGCUGAUUCUGGUUCCACGUCGACGCAUGGGAGUUUACACAUCCAUUAGGUCCUUGCGGACCCUCCUUGCGUCCACCACAUGGCCAGACACGCACCUUCAUAAAAAUUGCAACCUUACGUCGAGGCGACGCAGCAGCAAGGGCUGUGAUUGGUCCCCUCACUAAAACCCAACGCAGAACCAAAACAGGUUCACGACUGCGACGAAGCGUCUGCGUGGUCAUUGCGUUGCACUGACGUGGAACCAUAAUCGGGCCUUUACUCACAAAGAGUGGAAAUAAAGUGAGAACCAUAAGAUGUGUGUGUGGUUGGUGGCGGUGGUGGUGGUGGUGGUGGGGGGGGGGGGCAUUAGACAUUUUGUGUACCUAUUUAUUGAUUUUGUUUUUUUAUGAUGCUGUGUUUUACAUGUGAGUCUUGGGGUUACACUUCAUUUUUCAAUUCUAUUUCAUGGUCUGUUUUUUUUUUAACCAUCACAAAAAAACAACAUAACCUAUCUUGCCUUUGAUAGAGGCAAAUAUUAAUUAUAAAGCUACAAAGUAUAAAUUAAUUAAAAGGCGUAUUAAGCGUUAUUAUAAAGGUUUUAUGACCAAUGUGUGUUUUCUGGUUCCACUGAAGUUUGAAUGACAAUAACAGAAUGCUGUCUUGGGUAUGCUAAGGAUAGGCUAUUUUUUAAUUGUAUAGGGCCGAUUUAAGAUCGAUUGGAAUUUUUGCUGUUAGUUAGCGUCUUCCAUCAUUUUACUACUGAGGCCAACAUCGAUUUGGGGUUUUGCGUUUUGCUGUUCAGGCCUAUACUGCAGUUUGACUUCUUUGUAGUCCAGGUCAUGUCAACCCUCUGAAGCGGUCUGCCUAUCGGUCACAAAUCCCUUUGGGGAUGCCUUAGUGCUGUGAAUGGUGGGCUAAGAGCUCCACCCGGCAAAGCUCUUGGGGGACGCCUUAGUUCUGUGGAUGGUGGACUAGGAGCUUCCGAUUUUUCAUGAUGUCAAAUUAUUGUCUUUCAUUACUUUACUUCCCAAAACACACAUUCAACCACCAACAGUUUUUUUUUAUUGUGUAAAUUAGUUGUAAUCGUUUUUUUAUUAGUUGGUAUUGUAUUUAUUUACAGGUGGCUUGUACAGUGAUGUAAGGGACAACAUUGCUAGGCCUACAGUGUAAGUUCCCUCAGAUCUUGAGAUGGAUAUUGGAGACACUGUCGGAGGUCUUUGUUUAUGGCUUGUGGAAUUGGAAUUCUGUUUAAAAAAAAAACACCUGACAUGUUUGUGUCAAACAUUAAAAUAUUGAUAUGUGAUAUUGUUGCAACU